AUGGAUGCUGUGAGACUUGUUGUGAUUGGUGCUCUAGUCCAGCAGCAGAAUCAGAACCUCCUCAGAUUGCAACAAGCUGUUGACAGAAGGAGAAGAGAGAGAAGAAGGAGAGACAGAGUUGUGUGGGUCAGACAGUGGAUACUGAGAAGGCCUGAACAUGGACUGUAUCACAAGCUGAUGGUGGAGCUAAGGAAUGAGGAUCCACGAGCCUUCCAUCACUUUAUGAGGAUGCCACCAGCCAUGUUUGAUGAAGUUGUACAGAGGCUGACCCCCCCCCCCCCCCGAUUGACCAAACAAGACACCAAUUACCGACCAAGCCUGGAACCUGGUCUCAAAGUGGCAAUCAUCCUACGGCACCUGGCCUCUGGUAACACCUACAGAAACAUGCAAUACGCCUGGAGGGUUCCCCACAACACCAUCAGUGUGGUAGCUAGAGAAGUGGUAAAGGCCAUCAUUGAGGAGUACACAGAUGAAUUGUUGUUUUGCCCAACAACUGAACAAGGAUGGAGAGACCUGGCUGACAAAUGGUACCAGAGAUGGAACUUUCCCCACACAGUUGGUGCCAUUGAUGGCAAGCACGUGGCCUGUAAAGCUCCUCCUAACUCUGGCUCAGAAUUCUACAACUGCAAAGGCUUUUACAGCGUGAUCCUGUUUGCCAUGGUGGAUGCUGACUUCAAGUUCACCUACGUUGACGUCUCAGGCAAUGGCUCAUCCUCAGACGUUCAGAUCUACAAUGAAAGUGAUCUCCCUCGUGGGCUGGACCAGAACAGGAUUCAUGCCUUUCCUCAGCCAGACCCCCUACCCAAUGACAAUUAG